CUUUAUUGUUAUUUUGGCGUGCGCGAGAGAAAUAGGCAGGAUGCACGAGGAGACAGAGGCAGCUGAGCCGAUAAAAGGAUAAAACUACAGAGAAAAACUCCGCCAAGGCACUGCACCUUCACACAGACACAGCUUUAGCUGGAAUCCUUCGAAUAUUGACAUGAGUGUGACGUCAGCGGAUGAAGAACAACAAUAAGAAAAGGGAAUAAACACAAAAACCAUCUGUCGUCAACACACACACCUUCAGCUCUCCGUCUAAGUUCCUCCUCCUCCUCCGGCUGAUGUGGACUGAUUCAGAGCUGGGCCACCAUGAUGCCAGUCAACUCUCUGGUCACUCUGUGGUUGAACCUCUUAACACCAGCAUUAUGUCAGUAAAUCCUCCGAGCAGCAACGACGCCUGCCUCAGCAUCGUCCACAGUCUUAUGUGCCACCGUCAGGGUGGAGAGAAUGAGGGGUUUGCCAAACGAGCCAUCGAGAGCCUUGUGAAGAAACUGAAGGAGAAGAAGGAUGAGUUGGACUCGCUCAUCACUGCUAUCACGACCAAUGGAGUCCAUCCCAGCAAGUGUGUCACCAUCCAGAGGACCCUGGAUGGACGCCUGCAGGUGGCGGGAAGGAAGGGAUUUCCUCAUGUGAUUUAUGCACGGCUUUGGCGCUGGCCUGACCUCCACAAAAAUGAGCUGAAGCAUGUGAAGUUCUGCCAGUAUGCCUUUGACCUGAAGUAUGAUAACGUGUGUGUCAACCCCUACCAUUAUGAGAGGGUAGUGUCACCAGGCAUCGUUGGCCUUAGCCUUCAAACUACAGUGGCCUCUGGUGGGCUAAUCAAAGAGGAGUACAUUCAUGACUGUAUUCAGAUGGACCUACCACCUGGAAUGCCUCUGUCUGACCACCAAGCAGCCCUGAAGCUCCCCCCCCAGGACCACUAUGGACAGCCCCUACCCAAUGCGCAGCUACCUCCGGAGCCCCCCCCUGUGGGCAGAUACACCAACCUGCCUGUCUCCCCAAAAGUGUCCAGCUCUGGUUCCAUGAUCCCCAUCCAGGGGGGUCACGGUGAUGGCCAUCUUAAAAGUGCGUCUCCGCAGGCUCAAGUCCCUGUACCACGACCCCCAACCCCAACUCAAGUCCCUCUUCAGCAACAGACUCCCCAACCACCCUCACAAUCUCCCCACCCACCACAGGCCUCUCUACCUCCACCCCACUCACAUGGACAGAAUGGGUACAGCAGCAAUAAACACACUCAGAGUCAGGCUGCCUUCCACACUGUUUGGACAGGCAGCAGCACAGCCUCCUAUACUCCUAUAGGACCCCAGCAGAACGGCGCUGGUCUUCAACAGACUCCUCUUCAUCAUUCAAACCACCACUGGUCCCAGCAUCAUGGUUCAGCCUCUUUCCCUCCUGCUGUGUCAAAUCAUCCAGGCCCAGAGUUUUGGUGCUCCAUCUCCUACUUUGAAAUGGAUGUUCAGGUUGGAGAGAUGUUUAAGGUGCCCUCCAGCUGCCCCAUGGUGACGGUGGACGGAUAUGUGGACCCAUCAGGAGGGGACCGCUUCUGCCUCGGACAGCUGAGUAAUGUCCACCGCACAGAUGCCAGCGAGAGAGCCAGGUUACACAUAGGCAAAGGUGUGCAGCUGGAGUGCCGUGGUGAGGGCGAUGUGUGGAUGCGCUGUAUGAGCGACCAUGCUGUGUUUGUACAGAGCUACUACCUGGACAGGGAAGCAGGCAGAGCACCAGGCGAUGCUGUGCAUAAGAUCUACCCUGGAGCCUACAUAAAGGUGUUUGACCUGCGCCAGUGCCACAGACAGAUGCAGCAGCAGGCAGCGACUGCGCAGGCUGCAGCAGCUGCGCAGGCGGCUGCAGUGGCUGGAAACAUCCCAGGUCCAGGCAGUGUUGGAGGCAUCGCACCCGCAGUCAGUCUGUCUGCUGCAGCCGGCAUCGGCGUGGACGACCUGAGGCGCCUGUGUAUUCUGCGGCUCAGCUUUGUGAAGGGCUGGGGGCCUGACUACCCUCGGCAGAGCAUCAAACACACCCCCUGUUGGGUGGAGGUCCAUCUGCAUCGCGCUCUGCAGCUUCUGGAUGAGGUGUUACACACUAUGCCCUUGGCUGACCCAGGUCCAGCUAACUGACCAGGACAAUCAAUGAUUAAAUUCCAAUUUGAAUUUGACGAAUGUGCACACAGACAAACUCAUUGGAAUAUUUUUGCUUGAGGCCAAAUAUGAUGUUUAAUUGAUUUACAAAGAAAAUGAAUCAAAAACACUAGAGACAGAAAAUACAUUGUGCUUGUAACAAUCAUGCGGACAUCACAGGCAACUACACAACAACCAAAACAUCUGUGGCUACACAGAAAACUGCUGGUGUCUUUGAUUUUAAUGCUUUACUCUACAGUGUAAAUUCAGACGCACAGGAGGUGGAUCUCUGAAGGUAGAUUUCAAGAUUGUGUACUGAACAAUGUAUCUGUCCUGAAGACAUUUGUAUGCACUGUAAACAUCCAGGGAUGUGUUGUGUUUUAGAAAUCAUUUCUCUAUAUGCACUUUGGAUUUCUUUGAAUUCUAGAAGUAUUGCACAGUCAGAAGUGAAACAAAGGCAUGGAAAUAUCUGGCAUGUAAGUUCCCAGGAGCAGCUUAAUAACUGCGUAUCUCAUCAAAUACUGACCGUGAAUUCUUACUGAAAACACUAUUGUGCUUUUUUUUCACAUCCUAUCAACAUAAAUGAUGUAGAAAUUAAUGAAGCCAGUGUUCAUCAUCUCUGUGCUUGUACUGUUAGCAUCGAUAGCGGUUAUCUUUCCUAUAACGCUCAGCCCAGGCUUUUUUUUUUGUAUGGUUUUUUUUGUUUGUUUGUUUGUUUUUUACGAAAAACUAAAAAAACCAAAAACAGUAAGCUUUAAAGUAGUUGCUGUUUGUUUGUUACCUUAAGAGUGCUACCCUGUAUGUAACCAAAUGUUGGUGUAAAUCACCACAUCCAGAAUACCUCACAUCUGCAGUCCACAGGAUUCUGCUGAAAACACACACACACUUUAGUCAUGAUUGACAGUGUCAGUGUGUGAGGGCUCAUCCAAUGGAAGUGGAAGUGCCAGGAUGAAGCCCUGAUAGGAUCCUGAAGGCAACAUCCUCUUUCACAUGUUUUCUACCUUUACACCACAUUACUUUAAAGUGUACUGAUGGCAUGCAACUUAUCUACAAGUUAUUUAUUUGUCUGCAAUGUGUAGUGAUACUUAACAGUGUUGCAGAACAUUAGGUCUGUUGUAGUAACUGUUGAACCAAUUUGGCAGAGGUAGCAAAAGUACUCAGUUUCUUCACUCAAGUAGAAGUACUGGCACUUAUGUAUAAGUAGAGGCUUGGAAAUGUAUACAAGUCAGUAUUCACGUCAAAAGUAGGCCUUUGAACAACAUUUCUGCCCGCUGAUCAUGUAGAAAGACAUUUGAACCUCACUUCAUAUUAAUAUAACAUCAAUAGUUUAACUUCAAAUCAGGUAAAAAAAAAACAAAAAAGAACAGAUGAAAGUUAAAUACAUGAACUCCAACGUCAGUAACACAGCUGACAUAUGAUAACGCCUGUUACUCUGUUCGUUCGUCUUCAGUCAGCGUCAUCUAGAUACACCUUGGUGAAUAAGAAGUCAGAUUUCAGUUUUGUUUCAGAAUAAAUUUAAAUUUCUGAUCAGAAUAAAAAGUUGACACAAUAAGCAGGAAAUGUAAGAAAAAUACUUGAGUAAACUACAAAUACCUGAAAGCUCUAUUGAAGUACAGAAAUGAAGCAAUUGUACUGUUACUUAGCAGACUGACCAUUUGGAACAGAAGCAGUACUCCUCAGUACCCCUCAGUACUCCUCAGUACAGUACUCAGUACUCCUCGGUACCCCUCAGUACUCCUCAUUACUCUUCAGUACUCUACAGUACUCCUAGGUACUCCGCAGUACCCUUCGGUACUCCUCGGUACUCCACAGUACUCCUCAGUACUCCUCGGUACUCCUCAGUACUCCUCGGUACUCCUCAGUACUCCACAGUACUCCUCAGUACCCCUCAGUACCCCUCAGUACUCCUCAGUACUUCUCAGUACCCCUCAGUACUCCUCGGUACUCCUCAGUACUCCUCAGUACCCCUCGGUACUCCUCAGCACCCCUCAGUACCCCUCAGUACUCCUCAGUACAGUAUUCAGUACUCCUUAGUACUCCUCAGUACUCCUCAGUGCAGUCCUCAGUACUUCUCAGUACUCCUCAGUACCCCUCAGUACCCCUCAGUACUCCUCAGUACCCCCCAGUGCAGUACUCAGUACUCCUCAGUACUCCUCAGUACAGUACUCAGUACUUCUCAGUACUCCUCAGUACCCUUUGGUACCCUGAGUGAAGGUUUAUUUGGACCACAUACAUGUAUAGAUGUACUGGUACUGGUACAAGUGAACAUUGUGUAAAACUGCUCCCUGAGCAGCUGUGGCACAGUUCCAAACUCCAGAGCAGUUCUUAAAGGAGGUGACUGGGUCGGUGUUUGAUCAGUAACCCUCUCAUGCACAUCCACCAGGUGCUGGUUUUCUUCUAAACGCCUCGUACUGAGUUCAGACCUAAGUUCUGGGUCAUUGUUCUACAAUGAAGUCACUUCCAAACCCGUUGUAAACAUACAUGUAUGUUGUGGAACAUGAUUUAACUCCAUGUAUUUGACACCAGAACCUACAGUCAUUACCUAAGAUGACACUUUAAUGAAUAUUUAGCUUUUUGCACCAGUGUCUGUACAUUUAUAGAUAUGAUUGGUUCAAAAUAAACCUUCAUUCCUUUACAUUUAUUUGUUGCGUAUAAACAACAGGAGCCUCCACAUGUGUUUCUCAGGUGUUUCCACAUUUUGAACCCCCUACCCUCCUUGAACCUUGAAUCCUCAAUGUCCAUUUUAGGAACUCAUGCUGUCUUCAGGUGCUAUUGGGAAGAUGAUCCUUUCCACUUGUGAAUUCGAUAUUAUGAAUGUGUUGUGUUCAAGUGCUGACAUAACGAAAUGAAAAAUGUCUGACAGUUUAUGGUGACCUGUUACUUGGGGUAUAACAGUUUUGGACCAGUUAAUUCAUAUGCUACAGCAUCUUUUUUGUAAAUUGUGUAUAAUAUCAAUGUGCAAAAUCGUCUGUUAACAGCAGCAGAACGUUCAUAAAAGCGUUGUUUAUCAUUUAUGAUGAAUCCCUUGUUGCUCUCCACCAUUUUGAAAAGGUCAAAGGUUAUUUUCAGCUUGUGGAUCAAAUUUUUUCCCCAGUUCUCGAGUGGAAAAAACAAUGUGAGGGGGCAUUCAUGUGCAAUUCUCCAAUUCCAACAUUUACUAUAAUUCCCAUAGCACAUGAAGGCAGCAUUAGAUGUCCUUAAAGAUGGCAGGGUUAGAUUUGCCUUCUGAGUCACAAGCAGAAGGAUAAAGUGCUCUCAGAGGCGGAGUAUGGAACUGAGAGAAUGGUAGUAUAUUACCUGGAGCAUGUCGCUGUCUACAGCCCUACAGUGCUUGGAUUCUUUUUCCUAUGUCUGUCUCUGAAAUGGGAUCAUGGCACUGACUGUAGAAGUUUGUCAUCCAACCCAACUUCACAAAUCCAAACUAUCACUUUGAUGUUUCUAUGGGAAUCAAACAGCUGAAAAGUACUGUAAUAUCCAUAGCUAGGAUAUUAUUAAUGUAUAAUUGAAUAAAAAUAUGAAUCAUAUUUCCACCCAACAUUAAACUGCAUAUAUAUUUGAGUGUGGAGUUAAAGCUAGAGGAACCAAAAUUGUGGAAAAAAAAAAUAAAUCCAGAUUUUGAAAAUGUGUGCCAUAGUUAGUCAAAAGACUAAAGAAUGUGAAAACACUGAUGAGUGGACACAACCUUCCAUCACAGUGUAAAUUCUCUACAACCUGAAAACAGAGCCCACAGGAGGCACUGGAGGGUUUUAUUCCUGUCAGACCAGUUGAAUUACAACGUCCUCAAAUGGAAUUAUGGAAUUCUUGGCCAGUGAUGCAAAGAACCUGUCAUUCAGCUUUAGCCAAAAAACACAGAAGUGACAAACCCAACAGUGGUUGAAUGUGUUGGUUUGGAAACACCACCGUAGAGACUUAGGAGACCAUUCAGUCCAACACCAAUGAAAGUUCAAGAUCAGCAACAUACACAUUCUCAGUUCGGAUUUGGAGAUCUUUUUUUAGACGUCUCAAAACCAGUCAUGUCACAUUUUUUGUAAAGUCAAACGAUCUGGAAGUAAUCUGUUGUCCCUGCUCCCUGGAUGGAAGUGUGUCCACAUCAAACCGACGGUCAAACCUUUGGAAAACAAAUCACAUGGAAAAGGUCGAUGACGUUCCUGAGGCUUUGGCGCUCAAAUAUAGUCAGAGCACAGAUCAAGACCUCCAGAAACCCCCAGAACAGACAUUUACCUCUUUUUGUUUCCACACUGACUGUGUUUGACUUUGCAAGCAAGCAAAUAAAAGUUCUAUUUACCUGAUCACUGAAUGUAAAUAAAGAUGAUAAACACAAAUAAAACAAAAUACAAACUAUAGAGGACACCUGACCACAUAAGACAAAUCAUAGCUGUAAUGUCUGAUUUCAUGACUUUGUGCUUGUGUUUUUCACCGUUAGAGGUUAUUUAUAGUGUUGAUAUAAAGAUGUAUGUAACUGUCAACAGCAGAAGUCAUGCAUCAGAACACACCAAAUGUCCAAGGAAUUCACACCAAAUCUAUCCAUAAAGGGAUCUUUUACUAAGCAAAUCAGUGAAAUCUGAAUUCUUAUUCAACACAAAGGAUGAUUGUUUCUUGUUAAAAUAAUAAUUUCGACAUUCAACACUAUUGUAAUAAUGAAAUCUUUUUAAUAUAAAAAUAUUGAUGAAUGAAAUUAAGUCAAGUGGGGGCAGUGGUGCAGUGGAUAGUGCUGUCGCUGGCGUGGGUUCUCUCCGGGUACUCCGGCUUCCUCCCACCCUCCAAAGACAUGCAUUGAUAGGUUAAUUGGUUAAUCUAAAUUGCCCAUAGAUGUGAAAGUAAGAGUGAUGGAUUGUUUGUCUUUAUAUGUCAGCCCUGCGAUCAACUGGCGACUCGCCCAGGGUGUACCCCGCCUUUGCCCUUAUGUAGCUGGGAUAGACUCCAGCGACCCAACAGCAGAACACUGCACCAGGACGUACAAUUAGAUGACAGUAAAUAUGUCUUUGUCGCCCAGUUCUAGUCUUAAAGGAAUCCAAACAGUUUAGUUAUAUAAAUGGAAUCAGCGCUAAAAGGUGAAAUGUUGAGUCAAAGCAGAACCGUCGGACCGUUGGAGUAGUUGUGGUGAAGUUGUCAGUGAGCCGAGCUUUUUGGGUGAAGGCCAUAAACUGAGCCUAUCAGUUAACUGUGGAAUAUAUUUGUCAUCGGAUUGAGCAGCUUUACAAAGAUCAGCCAUGACCAUAUGCAUAUUUGUGAUUUGUGCCUUUUUCCGUCUGCAGUAGAUGCACCAACACCGGUCUGGAACACAAGCACAAGGUUUGUGUCGGCCCAUGUUCUGCCCGUUGCAUAUUGUGAUUUGGUUUGAUGACAUUCUGUGGUUCCCUCAGGUAAACUGUGUAGCUCAUGGACAAUAUCAAAUGUCUCUCAUUGCUUUAUAUAGA